AGACCCUUCGUCGCACGGGCUGGUCUGUGGGAACGCCUGGGCAUCUCGUCGGUGGACUGGGUGGUGGGCUUCGGGCGUCCGUGUGGGAAAGGAGGAUCCGGGCCGGACGUUGGGUCAGCGCGGUGCUCGCGGCCGCCGGGUCCGUGGCCCGCAGGGCUGAGGGCUCCAGGGUUCGAGCACAGACGUAGACAGACGCGGGCAUCCGGAUUCUGCCCGUCUGCUCUCGUUUUUUUGAAAAAACGACAGCUUCUGCCCAAAGAGAAAAGCCACAUCUGCCUACGGAUGUUUACUUGAAUCAGGAUCUGGCAGAGAUCCUCCUGUUACCUGUCGGGUUUUAAGCAGGGGAAUGAAUGACGUGAUCUGACUUACAUUUUGAAACUCUCUCUGGCCUCACUGUGAAAAAUGGAUCGGUGUGGGGGUUGCUAGGAGACUGGAAGUGGAGAAACUAAUUAGGAGGCUACUGUGUGUCCAGGAGGAACCUGGAAAGAUUGUGCAAUGAAUGGUGAUACUCGGGCUGCAGUGGUGACCUCACCACCCCCGACCACAGCCCCUCACAAAGAGAGGUAUUUCGACAGAGUGGAUGAGAACAAUCCAGAAUACUUGCGAGAGAGGAACAUGGCACCAGACCUUCGCCAGGACUUCAAUAUGAUGGAGCAAAAAAAGAGGGUGUCCAUGAUUCUGCAAAGUCCCGCUUUCUGUGAAGAAUUGGAAUCAAUGAUACAGGAACAAUUUAAGAAGGGGAAGAAUCCCACAGGCCUAUUGGCAUUACAGCAGAUUGCAGAUUUUAUGACCACGAAUGUACCGAAUGUCUACCCGGCAGCUCCGCAAGGAGGGAUGGCUGCCUUAAACAUGAGUCUUGGUAUGGUGACUCCUGUGAAUGACCUUAGAGGAUCUGAUUCUAUUGCCUAUGACAAAGGGGAGAAGUUAUUGCGGUGUAAACUGGCAGCGUUUUACCGACUAGCAGAUCUCUUUGGAUGGUCUCAGCUUAUCUACAAUCACAUCACAACCAGAGUGAGCUCCGAGCAGGAACACUUCCUCAUUGUACCUUUUGGACUUCUCUACAGUGAAGUGACUGCGUCCAGUUUGGUUAAAGUCAAUCUGCAAGGAGAGGCAGUGGACCGUGGAAGUACUAAUCUAGGGGUAAAUCAGGCUGGCUUCACGUUACAUUCUGCCAUUUACGCUGCACGCCCGGACGCGAAGUGUGUUGUGCAUGUUCACACACCAGCAGGGGCCGCGGUCUCUGCGAUGAAAUGUGGCCUCUUGCCAAUCUCCCCAGAGGCACUUUCCCUUGGAGAAGUAGCUUAUCAUGAUUAUCAUGGGAUCCUGGUUGAUGAGGAAGAAAAAGUUUUAAUUCAGAAAAAUUUGGGGCCUAAAAGCAAGGUUCUUAUUCUCCGGAAUCACGGGCUUGUAUCCGUUGGCGAGAGCGUUGAGGAGGCCUUCUAUUACAUCCAUAACCUCGUGGUUGCAUGUGAGAUCCAGGUUCGAACUCUGGCCAGUGCGGGAGGGCCAGACAAUUUAGUCCUCCUGGAUCCUGGGAAGUACAAGGCCAAGUCCCGUUCCCCCGGGUCCCCGGCAGGGGAGGGCAGCGGAUCGCCUCCCAGAUGGCAGCUUGGCGAGCAGGAGUUUGAAGCGCUCAUGCGGAUGCUGGAUAAUCUGGGUUAUAGAACUGGCUACCCUUAUCGAUACCCUGCUCUGAGAGAGAAAUCUAAAAAAUACAGCGAUGUGGAGGUUCCUGCCAGUGUCACAGGUUACCCCUUUGCGAGUGACGGUGAUUCGGGCACUUGCUCCCCUCUCAGACACAGUUUUCAGAAGCAGCAACGAGAGAAGACAAGAUGGCUGAACUCUGGCCGGGGUGACGAUGCUUCUGAGGAAGGGCAGAACGGAAGCAGUCCCAAGUCGAAGACUAAGGUGUGGACGAACAUUACACACGAUCACGUGAAACCCUUGCUGCAGUCUCUCUCGUCCGGUGUCUGCGUGCCAAGCUGUAUUACCAACUGCUUGUGGACUAAAGAGGAUGGACAUAGGACUCCCACCUCUGCCGUCCCUAACCUGUUUGUCCCAUUGAACACCAACCCAAAAGAGGUCCAGGAGAUGAGGAACAAGAUUCGAGAGCAGAACCUACAGGACAUUAAGACGGCUGGCCCCCAGUCCCAGGUGUUGUGUGGUGUAGUGAUGGACAGGAGCCUCGUCCAGGGCGAGCUAGUGACGGCCUCCAAGGCCAUCAUUGAGAAGGAGUACCAGCCCCACGUCAUCGUGAGCACCGCGGGCCCCAACCCCUUCAACACGCUCACCGACCGCGAGCUGGAGGACUACCGCAGAGAGGUGGAGCGCAAGCAGAAGGGCCCCGAAGAGAAUCUGGACGAGACUAGAGAAGACAAAGAAGAGAGCCCUCCGGAGCCCCCUGCUGCCCCCCACACUCCCCCCAGCGCCCCCAUCAAGCUGGAGGAAGACCUGCCGCAGGAGCCGGCUUCCGGAGACGACAGUGAUGCCGCCACCUUCACGCCGACUCUCCCUGACCUGUCCCCUGAUGAGCCUUCAGAAGCGCUCUGCUUCCCGACAUUGGAGGAGGAGGAGGAGGAAGAGGGGCUUUGUGAAGCCGGGGGCCCUCCAGGCCCCACCAGGUCCCCCUCGGCGGCCAUCCCUGAGCCAGUCACAGCCCAGGUGGCUGACGAGGCCGCCUCCCCGGCUGCCGAGGAGGGGGCUGCUGUGGACCCUGGCAGUGAUGGGUCUCCGGGCAAGUCCCCCUCCAAAAAGAAGAAGAAAUUCCGCACUCCCUCCUUCCUGAAGAAGAGCAAGAAGAGGAGCGACUCCUGAAGGCCCUUCCUGCACAAACCGAUGCCACCAGACUGUCCCCGAUCGUGUCUCGUGCCCGUGUCUUCUUGUGUAAUGGAAUGCAAAAGGCCCACCCCUCUGCGUAGCUAGCGCUCCCCUCGCGGCGUGACCAAAUCCCCACGGAGACCGGUGCUAACCUUGUGUGCGCACAGCGGCCCGGCCUGCGGCCUCAGGUGCUGGGGGAGACUUGGUCUCUGCGUCCACCUCGGAGCCCUGCCCUGCAGGGACCAGCACCUCGGCCCAUCUCAUGAGCCCCUCGGGGGACACGCUGUCCCCAGGGGCUUAGCUAAGUCCAGGUUCUGGCUGGAUCGGGGGCGGCCCUGCCAGCUCUGGCCUCGACCGCUCCUGCUCUCCUUCUCUUGUGAAGUAAUCCGUGCCCCGUCUCUGCUAGGCUCCCUUCACCCGAAGGUCUCGGGUGACUGAAUCAGACCUGUAGCUUCUUGCUGGCAUUUUCUGCUCAGUGAUCUCAUUUGUUUGGAUACACAAAGCCAUGGUCCUGUGAGAACACUCGUGUCCCCGCCAACGGCCGAGGCCACCGUGGCAGACUUUGAGAGGCGGGUUUGGGCUGAGCCGGCAGUCCCAGCAGCGGACGGGCCUGUGUACACCCAGGUAACCUAUGCAUGGUCUCACCGGCCCCCCGCGGCCAAAACCAGACUUGGGGCUCCAUUCCUUACUCACUGGGGGCUCUCGAUCCCCGUCGUAGGGAAGGUGCAUCAGGAGGGGAAGAGUGCUUUCUAGAUGUCCUUUCAGCAAGGUUGCAGUUCACCCUACACGCUGUGAGUGAACGGUCUGCGCUGGGCUUCGUUCUCUCCCCAGGGCCUGUGGCAGAGCGCAGCAGGGCUCCGUGCGCUCUCCUGGCGGGUCUGCUCUAACCUUGGCUCGGCUCAGCCUGGAGGGUACCCUCGCUUUGAUAGAAGGCAGUUCGGGCUAGGAGCUGGCCCCAGGGGUCCCACCUGACGCCCUGUGCAGUCACUGGCGGAGCCCACCUCCCGCCCUCCAGCUCCACGGGGUGAAUUUCACUGCACUCACAUCCCUGGAAGAUGGCGGCUAGCUUCUUAGUGGGAACUGGUGGGUGGCCAGGUGUCUCUUCGACAGUGGCCUGUCCCCAGGAGGGGGGAGGGGCCCUUGGGGGACCCAGUGCCCGACGUGGGCUCAGGUCCCACACGCUCGACACCCAGGCAGGACCUGAGGCGGCUGCAUGGCGCUGACCUCUGCUUCGAGCUUACUGGCAGGCAAGCCACUUCUCUCCUGUGUAUCGUUUCAUUGCCAAGAUGGUGGUAGAGUUCUCCACCCUCACCCUGCACCUCAGUUAACCACGGGCUCUUCCUUUUAUCCCUUCCUCUGACCCCACGUAUGCAAUGACUUUAAUUUCAUUUUUGUAGUUUAACUCUUUGUAUUACAACAUGAAGUUUAGUUGCAUAUAGAGACACAGACUUGGGAGGACAAGUUCUACAGCCUUUCUUCACUGUAACAUGUUUUACUCACAAAUAAAAUUCUUUCAGCAGUUUCCUUGUCUAAA